UGUGUGUGACAGUCACACACUCACACAUAAACACACACGCAUGCACAGAGUUCAGCCGAUUUAUCAUAAUAUGCUUUAUCUGAAAAGUAAGUAUCUUACCUCGGGAUAAAGGGAGGAAAGAGGGGUUUGUGGCCAGAUUGACAGAGGAAGGGUGGAUGGAGAGAAUGGAGCGCUGGCUGCACAUGCAUGGGAGACACACAGAGGGACUUUUCUGGCAGGAUCCAUCACUUUUCAUAAGGUUGUCCUUUGCGAUGCGGCGCGAGACACAAGACUGAGGGGACGACGGACAAACACGCAGUCAACAAGGCCAGAAGAUGCAACACGCGUGUGCGCGCUUGUUCCAUUUGUGUCAAGAGGCCAUGUGAGCUUUAUGCAGCUCAGCAAAAAACUGCCUUUCACCUUUGGAAUUCAGGUGAUACGCUGCUAAAAAGCACGUUUCUUCCAUAAUAAUACAAGUUUAUUCUUGUUAAAUUGCCACUUUUGUUCUUCAUUUGAUUAUGGCUUUUGUUCUUAAUAUUUUGACUUUAUUCCCAUAAAAUUACAGCUGUUUUUUUCCAUUUCUGCUGGGGUUUUUUUAUUUUCCAACUAUUUCAUUUCAGUUUUCCUCUUGUAAAUGUUCUUCUCGUAAUUAUAACUUUAUAUCUUUUACAACAAUAAUGUAUUUUUUCUUUAUUUUUGUUACUAAAAUGAUAUUUUUCCUCAUUUUACAAGUUUAUUCUCAUAGAAUUACAAGUUUUUCUCAUUUGAAAAUUGUUCUCUUAACAUUUUUGACAUAGCUAGCUCUGGUCAAAUUUUUGCUGUUGAUUAUUUUUUGUAUAAUUUUCCAAAUAUUUCAGCUUCCUUCUCCUAAUAUUUUGACUUUAUACCCACGUUACAGAUUUCCUUCCAACCCAAGUUUCCAAAAAUGACAACUUUAUCAUUGUUUUUGACUUUAAAAACAAAAAUACAACUUUUUUCCUUUAAUAUUUCAACUUCAUGCUACUAAAAUGACAUUUUUCCUCAUACUAUUACUUUAUUCUUGUGAAAUGACCUCUUCUCUUUAUAUUUUGAUUGAUUUUCCCAUUUUUGCUGCUGUUGUUGUUGUUUUUAAGUUUCCUUGUUGAAUUACAUCUUGAGACUCUGCUGCGGGCCGAUAAAAUCACAGCCGCGGGCCGCAAAUGGCCCCCGGGCCGCACUUUGGACACCACUGCUCUGCACCCUGCAUCCCCGUCACCCAGCAAGCAUAAAGUGGAUUCCGUGGAGCAUUAAGCUAGCAGCCUAUUCAUGUAACUUAGAGCAUCUUGCACUCGUAGCUUUAAGGAGACUAGCGGGGAUCUUUUCCCUGUCACUGAUACGCACCUCUUAGCCUAAUUCUGCUGUGUCUGAGGCGACGAUGCAGCGUCCCUCUUCUCCAUCCCAGGCAAACACACACCCAAAUCCAUUCGUUUGUUCCCGUGAAAUAACUGGAAUUCAUAUUGAUUUUGUCAUUUCAUUUGUGCGUACUUACCUUCUACAGGGAAGUACAUUUCAGUACGUUCUGUUCUACGGUCGAAGAAAUAAUGACACAAAAGAAAUAGAAAAACCAAAAUGUAGAAUAAUAGAUCUACUUGCAUCGGGGUACGGAAGGAUCCUGAAAGGCGUUAUGCUACGUUAUCUGAAUAAGACCUUGAGAGUUUCUGUCAUUUUCACUCAGCGCAGGGAUGUCCAAAGUGUGACCCGGGGGCCAUGUGCGGCCUGGGGCUUCUUUACAUUGUAACAAAAAAAAAACAUGAAAAAAUGGAAAAAUAGUGCAACAAGGCGCAAUGCAAAGAGAAAAAGUUGAAACGUUUACUACGCUAACAACUAAUAAUAACACAAAUCCAUCUUCUACCGCUUCCUCCAAUUAGCGCCGCUUGAGAGACACGGUCUCGCCAAAGUGUCCCGGGUUUUCCGGGAUACAUAAAUGUCUAUAAAAAUAUAUAUGUAAUCAUUUUUUUAGCCUUUUUCUCAAAAAUAAUUCAUUCAUUAUGUAUGAAUGAAUGUAAAAAGAAUACAAAUCAAUAAUAACCUCAAUAAUGUAUGGAAGAAUAUGAAAACAGCUUCCCACAUGCUCUGAUGUUUCAGUGUGCGCCCCUUGGUGGAAAAAGUUUGGACACCCUUGCCUUAACACCCCAAAGUGCAGCCUGGGUGGUCGUUUGCAGCCCGUGGCUGUUUUUUUUAUUGGCGCAAGCUAACAAUAUGGCUUAACAGGAAAAAAAAACAAAAAAAUGACAGCAAAAACGGGAGAACCAGCAGCGAUUUCACAAGAAUAAAUAAAAUAUUAGGAGAAAAAGUUGCAAUCUAUUGAAAAAAGUAUGAGGGAAAAUAAUGUCAUUUUAGCAGCACGAGGUUGGAAUAUUAAAGAAAAAAAUACCUUUUUUUUUAAGUCGUAAUACGACGUAAAACAAAACAAUGAAUUAGUUUGCGGGAAAAUUAUGUUAUGGGAAUAAAGUGUAAAUGUUAAGAGAAAAAAGUUCAAUUUUUUUUAGAAUAAACUGUUAAUAUGAGGAAAAAUAAUGUCAUUUUAGGAGCAUAAAGCCGAAAUAGAAAAGAAAACCAUUCUUUUUUCAAGUCGUAAUAUUAUGAGAAGCAAAGAAAACAUAAUAAAAUUGUCAUUUUGGAAAAAUUAGGUUGGGAAAAACGUUAAUAUUACAGGAAUAAAUUCACUCUAUGAUGGGAAUAAAGUUAUAAUAUUACGAGAAGAAAAUGUAUGAAGAUUAUUUGAGAAGAACUUUAAAUAUUUUUUAAAAAGGGGGUGAAAAAAAGACUGAAGUUCAUACGCUACUUUGUGUGUGUGCCGCAGGUAAGUAAAGUGUUUGUUAUGCACGUGCGUGCGUGCGUGUGUGUGUGUGUGUGUGUGUGUGUGUGUGUAUUAGUAUUGGAAAAAAACAUGCACACCUGAUUUUGAUGAAUAAAGCACAAAAUUUGACUCGUGUGUUGUUGUCUGUCCGUGUUUGACUUCAUGCUUGGGUCACGUUGUGUUGUUUUGUGUACUGAAGUAGAAGACAUCCUGGUGGUCCACAUUAAUUGAACAGGACACUGAACCGUAACCCCAAAUCCAAGUGUGGCACACUCACAUAAUAGGUCAUGUUAGGGCUAACACACACGUACACGCACACGCACACGCACACGCACACUCACACAAGGGCAGUUGUCUCGAGAGUCAAAAUAGAUGUACGCUUUGUUUGUGGCAAACAGACACACAAACAGUGGUUUAUGUACACAAUCGGUACACAACAGCGCCAUCUAUUGACCAGAGGAGGCAUCUUGAGGGAACCUGCUGCUGUGGGUAAGAACGGGCGGACACCAGCACGUUAUCGUGUCACGAUAGAACCAAGUCAUCGUAGAGGAGUCCAGCACGUGUGCUGACACUUUUUGACUCGUGCUUGCUCCUCGGGGAACACGGAAGACAGACGACGGCAAAGACAGCUUCACACACGACUAAUAAACAUGUCGUUAAAUGUGGACAGCGCGUCUCAAGCAAAAUAUGUUUACGGUGUUUCUAACAUUCCAACGUGAGGCUUCCAGGCCAGACCGGGUCCACCUGCAACCUCGCCUUCUUCUUGGCAAAGCUCCAGUGUGACACCGCUACGUUCUCAGCUGCACACAAUUCCAGUCCCAGCAUCCCGCCACUGUUUGGCACUCUGGUAGCUGGCCUGACGUCAGUUGCUGAGUCACAAAUGCAGCAUACAUUUUUACCUCCUUUGCCUCCUUUUUAUCUGUUUGUUUGCCUGUGCUCAAAAUAACUUGAAAACUUCGGAAUGGAUUUAAAUGAAAUUUUCAGGAAUUGUCGGAAAUGGGAUAUGGAAGACCUGAUUAAUGUUUUGGCGGUGAUCCGGAUCACCGCUUGGAUCCAGGAAUUUUUUAAAAAAGGAUUCUUUAACAUUGUGAGAUCGGACCAUUUUCGGCAUUUGUGCACAUAAUUCCACAAAAAAAAUGGUCAGAGCACUUGUUCGGGACAUUGAGCCUUCCCGGUACAUUGCGCUAUCAUGCUAGGUGUUAGCGUGCUAACCUUAUCAUGUUAACAUACUAAUAUUAGCCUAGCAGCAUUUUUUGCCAUUUUCAUAGGUAGACAUUACAUGAACACUUAGCACUGCCAUGAUAGGUGUUAGCAUGCUAACAUUAACAUAUUAGCAUUUUAAGCCAUCUUCAUGGGUAGACACUAUUAUGCUAGGUGUUAACAUGAUAACAUUAGAAUGUUAGCAUUGCUAGCAUGCUGAUAUUAUCAUAGUAACAUUUUUAGCCAUUUUCAUAGGUAGACAGUAUUAUGCUAGGUGUUAUCAUGCUAACGUUAGCAUGUUAUCAUUGCUAGCAUGCUAACAUGAGCAUACUAGCAUUUUUUGCAAUUUUUAUAAAUAUGAACUUAAUCAGAUACUUAGCGUUAGGUGUUAGCAUGCUAAAGUUAGCAUGUUAGCGUUAACAUAAUUACACUAACAUAAUUAUACUAACAUAAUUAUACUAACAUUUGUAGCAUUUUCAGAAGUAGGCACUUUUACAAACACUUAGCGCUAUUAUGCUAGGUGUUAGCAUGUUAGUAAUGUUGGCAUUCUGUAAGUCAUUCAAACCCUUCCAUAGUAUGUUUUCACGGUCAAGGAAUGUAAAUAUGUAGAUAAAAUAAAUGUAGGACUGAUAUUUAUGGUGUAAAUCACAUUAUGGGGGCAACUAUGGCGCUUGGCUGUGGUCUGCGCCCUCUGAGUGCUUUUUUAGUUCAAUGCGUGCAUGAAGUUGGUUACGUUCAUGAUUAUAAUUCUUGAUCAGCUGGAUCCAAUGAAAGCCUCCAAUACAAGAUGUUCCAUCUGACCUCGAUAAGCUGCUGGUUAAAGUACAGGUCUAUUGGACUGCAGCGUCAGCAGAACAUUGUUGCAUUGCAACAACGCUUUCAGGCUUCACUGCUUCACGUCAUGCUUUCAUCGUAACGCAUGAUUAAUAAUCAUCGAAGCAAAUAGCAGUGAUAGGAUUUCACUAGUAGUGACCGACUUCAAAGCUCAUAGGCGACCAGAGGUGAGGGUGGGAAAAUACUGGAAAUCUUCACCGCGACGGUCCGGUACAGCGACCGCAUUGCUGCAGACGCUGCGCCGAUCCGCCUGCCGACCUCACGCUCCAACCUUCCCUUACUCGUGAAGACGACCCAAGAUACUGGAACUCCUCCACCUGGGGCAGAACCACAUUCCUAACCCGGAGGGGGCAGUCCGUCCUUUUCCAACUGAGAACCAAGGCCUCAGAUUUGGAGGUGCCGAGUCUCAUCCCAGAAGCUUCGCACUCAGAUGCAAACCGUCCCAGUAAACGCUGAAGGUCACAGCCCGAUGAGGCCAUCAGCACCACAUCGUCUGCAAAUAGCAGAGACCAGAUCCUUUCUAUGGGACUGGAAUCCCUCGACGCCUUGGCUGCGCCUAGAAAUUCUGUCCAUGAAAAUGAUGAACAGCAUCUGUGACAAAGGGCAGCCUUGGCGGAGGCCAGCGUUCACCGGGAACAGGCUCGACUUACUGCUGGCAAUGCCAACCAGGCUCCUGCUCCGGUUGGAGCAUAAUGCGUUCAUAAUGCGAGAGCCACCAUGUGGCUCUCGCAUUAUGAACUGAAAACUUAUGAAAAGCAGGCCUGCAGGUGCCUCGUGGACGAGGGGGGGCUCCCUGGUGCCCACGGGCACCACGUUGGCGAGCGCUGGGCUACAUGAUAUGAAAGGGGAACCAUAAAAUUUAGACAAAACCAUUUGAUGUACUUUUUCGAAAUCACUGGUGAAACUUCGAGGACCAGGCGCCUUCUUUACGGAGACUUCGGAUGCAAGAGCCGGUUUCCUCCACCGCCGCCACCGUCCCACCAUCCAGUCCGACAAAUCCCACCACGGUUCGGGCUAUCACGGGCGCGUGUCCCGAAAACUCACCACACGCUGCCAAGUGCACCAAACUAAAGCUUUUUAAGGCGUGUUUUGCAUCGUGCAAAACAACGACAGGAAGUCCCACACGGCAGACAUGCUUGCUUUGGCUUCGUGAAGGGAAAGUAGGCGCUAUAGGCUGGCUGCAGCAAAGGGGGCGGAGCUGAUCGGGGAAGGGGAUCGGCUUUUUCACGGAAAUCGUCCGAUCGGUGGCCGCUCUAUCAGAGCACCCCUACGUUCUCUUCUUUUUGCAGUUUUGAGUUAUUGUGGGUUUUUUCUCUCACGGACGGUACCAACAGUUUUAUCCACGUCCGACGGCGUCUCACCAGCCUUGGGGCGUAGAUGGUUGAACCCAUGACAAACAUUUCCACACAUCAACUCAAUCCAAGAAACACUUUCACUUUGUGAGCGUUUUGUGCUUAGUUGAGAUGUUUUCACUUUCUCUUUCUCUCGUUCAUUCAGCGUAAUCCCAUGCAGCAAUGAGGCGGCUGUGUUGGUCCACUGCCGCAUGUGUGUGUGUGUGUGUGUGUGUGUGUGUGUGCGCGUGUGUGUGUGUGCUGGGGGUGUAGGUGGCCGAGGCGAGGGAUAAGAGUGUGGGCAUCCCACUCUUGCUGUCCAUCUCUGCUGUCGGUGGGUCCCAAGAGAGGAAAGCCAAAUGUCGCGCCGCAGAGUGGGCUUCUGUCUCAGCAAUAAGAAACGCAGAAGAAUGAAUCUGGAUGCCUUCGCAGAGCUCUGUGCGGGCCACGGAGUGGAGGUGGUGGAGAUUGAUCUCACCCAGCCACUGGGCCCCCAGGGGCCCUUUGAUGUCAUCGUUCACAAGCUGUCCGAUGUCAUCGUGGAGGCGGAGCACGACAGCCAAUCGCAGCAGCUCCUGGCCAACUUUCAGAACUACGUGUCAACUCACAGCAGCACGGUUCUCCUGGACCCCCUGCCUGCCAUGACGCAGCUUCUAGACCGCUUUGCCUCUUACCGGAUCAUGAGCAAGCUGCACAAUUCACUCCGAGACUGGCGCAUUUGCAGUCCUCCGUACCUUGAGGUCCACAGUGCCCGCGAGAUGCCAUCCAUUCAACAGGAAGUGAUGACCCAGAACCUGAGCUUCCCUCUCAUUUGUAAAACGAGAGUGGCACAUGGCUCCCUGUCCCAUGAGAUGUCGCUGAUCUUCAGCGCAGCGAGUUUGGUGGCGAUCCAUCCUCCGUGUGUGCUCCAGAGUUUUGUAAGCCACGGUGCCGUCCUGCACAAGGUGUUCGUGGUCGGAGACAAACACUUCUGCGUGGAGAGGCCCUCACUCAAGAACUUCCCCUCCGGCCCAUGCGACAGAAAGACCAUCUUCUUCAACAGCCAUCAAGUGUCCAAACCAGAGUCGAGCUCUGACCUCACAGCACUGGAUGAGCAGAUGCCGUGCCUUCCCCCUCCCAGCUCGGAGGCUGUAGCCGCCCUGGUCAGAGAACUCCGCGUUCAGCUUGGCAUGGCCCUGUUUGGCGUGGAUGUCAUCAUCAACAUUCACACGCACACGCUCACCGUCAUUGACAUCAACAUCUUCCCAGGUUAUGAGGGUGUGCCCCAGUUUUUCUCCUCUCUGCUGAGCCACAUUGAGUCUGUGCUGGACAAGAAAGCUCCUGGUAGCUCCCCUGAGACCACCCAGCAUUAGGGCUUCCCUCCACCGAUCAGAACACGCAACGUCCGGUAUCGGCUUCACGCGUCUAUCUUGUCAGCGUUGUGCUAGAAAGCGAUUUUGAUGUGGACAAACUGUCAGUAAAUGUGUUUCAUAUACUUUUAUUGAUUGACAGGUAGCGUAGAAGACACGGCAGUCACAAAAUACAGCACUUUUAGUGAGCAGUAAUAUUACAAAUUGUCAUUUGUAGUGAUUUGAAAUGUCUUUCUUCUGUCUUGCUGUUUUUUUCAGAUACACUUUGCACUUCAGUACAAAACAACAAGUAGAUUAACAGUUGUUAAAUCGUGAAAUGAACAAACAUCUCAUCUUUGGAAUGGACAGUACUAAUAUUGCCACUACUUUCUCUCUUGGCUGUGUCGAAAAUAAAAAGAUACAUUUGCACGAGCAGCGCACUUUAGUGACUUAUUAAAAUACCUGCUAUAUUUGCUUGCUGAAUUAUUAUUUCUUAUUGCAUUCUACGUUGUGCUAUUGCAGAUUACGUGUUCUCUGUUGGCGAC